GCCCCGCGGCCGCGGGGCCGUCUCCGCGGGGCCUCUCCCGGCGCGGGGAUCUCACCGCCAGCAGCGCGGCGCCCAGACCCCGAGGCCCGGCAGGCGCCCGGCAGCGAGGACGACUAACCGGAGACUCCCCUUGUCCUGGCGCCGGGGGCCGCAUCGCGGCGCCGCCCGGCCCGACGGGCGCACCCGCACCGAGGCCGCCGCCGCGGGUCCCUCGGGUUCAGACGCGCCUCUCCGGGCCCCGCGGCGCCGGGCGUAGCGGGAGCGCGGGCGGCAGGCGGCCCCCCGGCGGCAUGAGGGCCGGCGAGGACGCCCGGGCGGCGCGCGGCGAGGGCCCGCGGCGGCCGGCGCUCUGCGUGCUCUGCGGCCUGCCCGCCGCCGGCAAGUCCACCCUCGCGCGGGCGCUCAGCCUCCGGCUGCGGCGCGAGCGGCGCUGGGCCGUGGGCGUCGUCGCCUACGAUGACGUCAUGCCGGAGGCGUUCCCGGAGGAGCAGGCCGCAGGGUCAUUGGCGCCCAGCUGGAAGGCGCUGCGCCAGGAGCUGCUCGGGUGCCUGGAGGGCUUCCUGCGGGCGCUGCUGCACCAGGCCCCGCUGUCAGCGCCAUCCGGGGGCACGGGGGCCCUGUGGGGGGCCUUCACCGCCAGCCUGCAGGCUCAGGGCCUGCUGCGUCCCGCCCCCGCCCCGGAGGGCCCGGCCCACCUCCUGCCCACCCCUGCCGCGGCAGCCGGACCUUUACUGCUGAUCCUGGACGACAACUUCUACUACCGCAGCAUGCGGCUGGAGGUGUACCGGCUGGCGCGGCGCUACUCGCUGGGGUUCUGCCAGCUCUUCCUGGACUGCCCGCUGGAGACCUGCCUGCAGAGGAAUGGCCGGCGGCCCGGGGCACUGCCCGCAGACACCAUCCGCCUGAUGCAGGGGAAGAUGGAGGAGCCCAACCCCCAGAAAAACGCCUGGGAGCUCAACAGCCUCACCAUUGGGAGUGCCACCUGCUCGCCUGAGGCCAGCCCCGAGCUGACCAGCCUGCUGCUCGCUGCCCUGGAAAACCCAGUGACCUACGUGGAGGACAAUGUGGAACAGAAGGAAGCAGACAGAGCCGUCUGCUCCUCCAGCACGCUGCACCAGGCCGACCAGGCGCUGCGAAGGAUCGUCUCGCAGACCAUGAAGGAAGCGAAAGAUGCGUGCCUGUGGCCUCCCGACCUGAAGCUCCUGGCGGCGGCGCUGAACCGGCUCCGAGCGGAGGUGCUGAGGGACCUGAGGCUCGGGGGCAGGGCAGGCCCGUGCUCGCAGGCCCCAGGCGUCCCGGACGCGGUCGCUCUCUUUCGGGAUGAGAAGGACAGCCUCAUGCGCAAGUACCUCUCAGAGCAGCAUUAAGACGCCACUUCCAAUCAGAGUGAUCGUGGGCAAGAUUUCGCAAACCGAUUACAGUUCUGCAUUACUGCACCUUCUCUAGGCCGAUGACAGGAGUGGCCAGACUUAUUGUUCACAAAAAUCGGGUCCAUUUGUGUAACAGAAACGACUGGCCAUCCACUUGUCACGUGUGACCUGGACAGCAGCCUCAGCGGCUGCCUCCCUCAUGUGCCGGGACCCGCAGGGCGGGGUGAGGCAGGAGGCACCCCGGAAGGAUGUUUAAUAAACGGGAGAAGCUGGGAGGAGACCAAUCUGGAUGUGUGGAGCUUCUGGUUUUAAGUCAUGUGACAGAUCUACUCAUGGGUAAGGCAGUCUACACAUUCCAACUAAUGGAGCCAGAAACCUUGUGUUUUAAUUAACGUUUUAAAUCCUGGAAAAUUACUAGACAGUUAAUUGGAUCCUGAUUCUCAAAGAAGAAAAAUCGAAAUCAUUAGGAAGUGUUAGUUUUUUAUUGUGUUACAGUGGCAGAGCUUCUUGAACAGCAUGAGCCACACCCUGGGCACCGGUAUUUCAGCGCUGAUCGCUUUCUGGAAUCCCUAGACAGGUUUUUGCAAUCAGACACAUUUUGUUUUGCAUACAAAGUAUGUCCUUUACAUCAAAGUAUAUAUUAACAAAAACACGUUCUAGAAAUCUAUAACCCUCUAAAACUACUUAAUAAAAAAAAUCCUUAGUAGGGAAUUUUAAAAAAUAAUACAGCCAUUUGGUAAAUAUUUUUGCAGAACUUAAAAGGAGGUUUCUCUCUGAACAUAUAUUUAGCUAUAUUCCCUUUGUCAAACAAUUCUGCAGGUGAAUGGCACACACCUUUUUCUAAAUAAAAUAGCAGGAAAAUAGCCAGUGAGAUUUUUUCAAAGUAGAAGUCUAGCCUUGACUUGAAUUUCAAGAAGUUGUAGCUACACACUACAUUAGUGAAAUCAGUUAUUCCAUAUUCAUUCCUUUACAGUUUCUUAAAAAAAUAUUAGUGGAGAUAAAUUAUCUACCAACUUUAAAAAUCUAAACUUAAGUUCACUGAACAAAAAUAAAUUUAGUUUCAGAACAUUGCCUCUUAACAGCAAAAUAAACAUUUCAUGUUAAACUUUCCUCAACACCUCAUUUCUAUAAAACGGGAUUAAAUAUAAAAUGGGAUAUACAUACUCAGUACUUAGUGGAGGAUACAUUUAACACAGAGAUUUAAGUGAAACCCUAAAUCUUUUAAAAAACAGGACAUUACAGAGCGGCUGAGACAGGUUCACUUCAAGGACUUGCGUGCAUUAAGUAACUGGCUUUCCAGCAUCACGCAUUGAAACAGCAACUGCGCUGUCUCGGGGACAUUAGUCAUACAUUUGAGUUUGCAAUUAUGAAAAAAGUCUACAUUGAAAGCAAAACGUACCUUCAAAACAUCUAUCUUUCGUUGUCAGAAAAAAAUAUAGCUGUCACUAUCUGGCCCAGAAUGUAGUUAAUAAACUUGUUUUACAAGAGAGUUCUCCCUUUGGUUUAAUGGAGACCUGCAUUUCCUAUUUUUCAUAUUGCUUUUAUUUGAAUAAAGUAAAAGUGAGGGGGAAACAAGCUUCCAAAUGACAGCACCCUCCUGCUCUCUGGGAAUGAGUGGAUUCGGGCGAAGUUGUGUAUCUGGAAAAGGCAGCACUGACCCUGGUCUGCGCGGCGAGCAGAGCGAGAGCGAAGCAGGACUAGGUUUUGGCCGCAGGAACUUCAGGAUUGAGGGAAGAGGUGGAGUUGGAGAAGCCCUUUGAGAUGCUGCUUGGACAGUGCCAUUGAGAUUAGCUGGCGGAACACUAGCUCACAAGAGCUCCUUUGAAAGGCUUUCUAGCACUGAGGGCAGAUGACCCACUAACUCGGCCCUUAGGGCUUUUGUGGACAUUUGCCAUCGACAUUUCCCUUGUAGGAAUAGUGUACUUUUUAGUUAAUAAACGCUCAAUCAUUAGGGCGUUCUCUUUACAAACCUGUUAAGUAACACUUUCAAGCUUCAAACCAAAUUAAAAAUAAAAUGUUUGCAAAGUACAUAGAAACCAACAGUUAGAAAUAGUAAGUUUAUUGUUUGACCAAGUGCGCUUCAGGGUAAGCGAGUUAUUACAUAAUAUAUAAACAGCAACCUCCUAUUCAAAAUUCCUCUAGAUUAAUUAGCAUGUCUUAUUUCUGUAAACAAGUUAACUAUGUCUGUCUGCAUCCGCUAUCUGCCUUCACAGUAAGUCCUUGCCCACCACGCCGUCAAGGCAGCCAGCUCCCGUGGCUCUGUCACUGACAGGAAGACUGGUCCACGCAGUGGGCACCACCACGUGGAGUCACACUAAGUGUCAUAGGGCCAAUUCUGAAGAGGAGACAAUUCGUUUUGGAUGUACACUUCCUUUUCAAAACGUCCUCCGCCUCACCUUUCCCCACAUGUCCCUACACACACAGUGGAGAAAUUAUGGACAAUAAAUGGGCACAAGGCAGGAAACAGGACGGUGGGAUUCUGUGAAGAACUGUUUCUGGGAACCAGAUGGGAUUUGCACUUACCUCUUUGGUCAUCAAAGGAAUGGGAGGGAGAAGAGAACAGACAAUGUCCUUGUCAAGCUCACCUGACAGUAAUGGUGUCAGAUGAAAGGUUUAAAUACAGGUUCAAACUAAAAGAACAAAAAGGCAUCUUCAUAGAUAAUCACCCUGAUACUUCUAGCAUUCUUGUGUAUUUACUUGUGGUUUUAAAAAUAAACUACAUGUAUAAUAAAACGAAUCCAAUGGAAAAUUAAUGCAUUUUUAAACAAGGGAUUGAAUAAACAGGUUUUCAAAUAUUAAACUCCACUUUCAAUGUAAAGCCUUGUUUCAUUUCUUUUCAGAACAUUCCUCUCACACUUUUAUAACUUUAUUUUAAAGGAAUUAACUGUUUUUACAUUAUGGGGAAAAAAAGAAAGGUUUUCUAUAUACUGAAAUAGCUUUACUUCUAUCAGUUGAAACUAUCAAUUCAACUUAAACUAAGUGAACUAGAUAGAAUUUCAACUAUCUAAAGAGCAAUUUUAAAGGCAAUUCCUCUGCUAAACAUGGAAAUAAGUUGUAACAACGUUGGUGAGAAAGUAAUUUCUCUACCAUUUUUAAAUAUGGCAGAAAUGCCAUCUAGCUGCGUAUACAGUGAAACACCACCAGGAUCAAGCUUUGAAGUCUACAUGGACCAUACAUAUGGGGUUUACAUGAAUACCUGUAAGAUUAAGAUUGCACUUCAAUCAUCAAAUGUCUAAAUAAAAGGAAAAAACAGACACCAAUGUGUCCAACUAUUCUUAUAAAUGACCCUGACCAAAUUUUUAUGUGGGG